GAGGAGGAUCUAUUGGCUUCAAUCUUGGUCUGAGACUUUUCAAGCUGCAGGGAUCCGACCGAGGGGCAUAGUAUUUGAAGAGUUACCAUUGGAACAUUUCACUCAUAUUUCUUGGAGUUACAAUUGUUGUUGUUUUUGUUGUUUUGGAAGCAAAUGCUUGAGCGGAUACGUCCCUCCUCCAUAGCCUUCUCUUCUGGCCACGCUCGGGUGCAAACAAGAAGGUAGCCGAAACGUAUUCAGUCCAAAUUAACAGGUGACUGCUCAAAAUAGUGUUUGUCAAAUUUAUUGCCGCUUCUUACGAUUCUGUGACAUCUGAAGAUUCUGCUUAGGAGAGCCCCACAAAAAGUGGAGCCGGUCUUAACAUUGGGACGCCUUUUUUAAUUUAAAUUUUUUUAAAUUAGCGAUCUGGGAACACACAUUGUUUGUGUAUGUGUGUGUGCGAGUAGUCUCAGCAAAUAUUGUGGGCUUUAGCUAGGAUUUGAAGCGAAAACAAGUCUGACAGUACAUUGUUAUGGAUAUUGCAACAGGUCCCAAGUCACUAGAACGCUGUUUCUCGAAGAGAAACCAUUCCAAGUACCCAAGGAUGUUAGACGGUAUAAAGAUUGAAGAUAAUCCCCAUCGUCAAGAUACCCUUGGAGUCAUGCUUGGGACAGAAUACCAUCACCGAUCUGUAUGUGAAGGAUGCCAGCGUCCAAUAUCUGACCGGUUUCUGAUGAGAGUCAACGAUUCCUCAUGGCACGAGGAGUGUUUGCAGUGCGCUGUGUGUCAACAACCUCUCACUACCAGUUGUUACUUCCGGGAUAGGAAACUGUACUGCAAACAUGACUACCAACAAUUGUUUGCCGCCAAGUGCAGUGGAUGCCUGGAGAAGAUCGCCCCCACAGAGUUUGUGAUGCGUGCUCUGGAGUGUGUAUACCACCUCAACUGCUUCUCCUGCUGCGUGUGUGACCGGCAGCUGAGAAAAGGGGAUGAAUUUGUCUUGAAGGAGGGCCAGCUGCUGUGUAAGAGUGACUAUGAGAAGGAGAAGGACCUGCUCAGUUCUGUCAGCCCGGACGACUCCGACUCAGAGAAAAGCGACGAUGGGGAUCUGGGUAUCAAGCAGGAGAAAGUCACCGGAGGCCAGGGCAAGGGAGAUGAUGGGAAGGACCCCAGAAGGCCCAAGCGACCCCGCACCAUUCUGAACACUCAGCAGAGACGAGCCUUCAAAGCCUCCUUCGAGGUGUCCUCCAAGCCCUGCAGAAAGGUAAGGGAGACCCUAGCUGCUGAGACAGGCCUCAGUGUUCGUGUGGUGCAGGUGUGGUUUCAAAACCAGAGAGCCAAGAUGAAGAAGAUGGCAAGGAGACAGCAACAGCAACAAGAACAACAGAAUUCUCAAAGGCUUGGCCAAGAGGUGAUGUCCAAUCGGAUGGAGGGCAUGAUGAACUCCUUCACGCCACUGGCCCCGCCCCAGCAGCAACUGGUUGCCAUGGAUCAGAACGGCUACAGUACAGACCCCUUCCAGCAGGGCCUCACUCCCCCACAGAUGCCCGGAGACCACAUGAACCCAUAUGGUAAUGAUUCAAUUUUCCAUGACAUAGACAGCGACACAUCUUUAACCAGCCUCAGUGACUGCUUCAUGGCAUCUUCAGAAAUGAACAUGCAAGCACGUGUGGGACCCAUUGACCGACUCUAUUCCAUGCAGAACUCUUACUUUGCAUCAUGAAAGAAUCGCAUACAGAAAUUAUAUUAUGUAAUAUAGCAGAUCAUCCACAAACUCUGCUUCUCGCCUUCCUCAACUGCCUCACAUCAAGGAGUUUCCACACUGCUAUGGACAAGACAGAAGCAACGACCUGUUCCAAUGACUCCUGGAUCAUGUGCAGACAAUGGUUUCUCAACAGUGGAGAUUCCCUGGGGGGAAAAAAACAAUUUUCUUCUUUUUUUCUAGAGAUUAUUGGUAACAUAUUUGUAUAUUACUGCCAGAAAAGUUGCACACCUUUCUUUGUCAACAAAAA